AUGCACAACAACAACAACAACAGCAACCAUAUACCAAAUUCACCGUUAUUCCCACCACUGCAGCUAAGCACAAAUUCUAACCACGAUUAUCAUCAUCUGCAACUGCAACUGCAGCACCGUCACCCCCUGUCGUCAAAUUCACCAUCCCCUCCUCAACACCAAGUAUUUCUACCAACACUACCUGACAAACCAACAACGGCUACUUCGUCUUUAGCUGCAUACAUCAUCCCAUCAGAACCAGUAUUGUUUGUUCAAGGGUUUGAACCCCACGAGUAUGAAUCACGUCCACCAACACUAUUACGAGGCUCACUUUAUAUUCGCGUGUUUAAACCAACAAAAAUCAAGUCCAUUACCUUGAGUUUCAAAGGUGUACAACGAACAGAUUGGCCUGAAGGUAUACCACCUAAAAAAAACGUCUACAACGAACAGAGUGAUAUAAUAACACACACAUGGCCAUUUUUCCAAGCAUCGUCAACAUCGGGGCCUAUUCCAAACAAUGGAGCUGAUAUUUUUGUUGAAAAAAACGGAGAGACACAUCGUAGUUCACUAGCAGAUGACCUUAGUGCUGUCAGAUCAAAUACACCACCACCAGCCCCGCAACAAUCACUUCAGAAACCUUCCACUAGUGGUGCUUCCUCAAUUGCAUCAUCGUCUCAUCAUAAUGAUAAUUUCUUCACCAGGAACUUAUCACCCAGUUUUAUCAGGAAGUCAAAGUCGCCAGCUCCUUCUAGCAGUGCAAAUGAGUCGUCAAGUACUUUUACUGACUUAACUUCCAUUGUUUCCCCUUCUAAUAAUGAUCCCAAUUCAAGUAUGCUUUUUAACCCUGGUGAUUAUCUUUACAAUUUCGAGCAUCCGUUACCACCAUCAAUCCCAGAAUCGUGUAGUGUCACUUUUGGAUCUACAAGCUAUCACUUAGAAGUGUCGAUUCAAAGACUUGGUACUUUCAAAUCCAAUUUAUCUGGCAGAUUGCCCAUCACUAUUGUCCGUACUCCGUCAGAACUCAAUAUGGAAGAAAAUGAAUCGAUUGUUAUAUCUCGAGACUGGGAAGAUCAGAUUAAGUACGAUAUUGUUAUCGGAGCCAAAUCAGUGGUUCUUGAUUCAUAUUUGCCAUUAGCUUUUCGAUUUGUUCCAUUGUGGGGUAAAGUGGCAUUACACAGAAUAAGAAUUUACUUGACGGAGAAUUUAGAGUAUUAUUGUUGUAAUAAAAAAGUGCACCGAAUGGAACCUCCCAAGAAAUUUCUUUUGUUGGAACACAAGGCGAGAAAGGGUCGAUCUUUAUUACAGAAAAACCCUCAGGAUGAGUCAACGGUUGGAUUGGAUCAAUACGAUGAAGAUGUUUUACCAAAAGAGUUGGAAUUUCAGUUAUUUGUUCCUAAGAAUGUUAUUGGCCGAUUGAAUUCGCAAAUUCAUCCUGAUACAUCUUAUGAAAACAUUCAAUCUCACCAUUGGAUUAAAAUCUGUUUGAGAAUAAGUAAAAUUGAUCCUGACAACAGUGCCAAGAGGAAACACUAUGAAAUCUCAAUUGAUUCACCCAUCCAUGUAUUGUCACCCUUGGCCGCCCAUAAUAAUACUUUACUUCCAGCUUAUGACGACUUGGUAGAUACUCCGCCACCACAACAAGCAAUGAAUGGUAAUAAUGUUGCAUCAGUUAUAUCUCCAUCAGUAAAUCCAUUAUCUCCUGAAGUAAUUGCCGUUGAUGGCAAUAGCCAACAGCCUAUUGAAUUCCACCAUAUUUCCACUGAUUUGGACGUGGGUGCCACUGAAAGAGAUGCCGAUAUGCAUUUAGAAGCUAAUUUGUACAAGCCCAAAGAUGAUCUGACAAUCACUACAAUCAACUCGCCACAAGCUAAGCCACAUCCAGAAACUUUCACAUCGCCUUUGAUGUCACCAGUGCAGCGUCCAAUACAUUUAAUUAGAAAACCAUCAACAGCACCGCCACCUUUUGAAGAAAGUGCAAAACUGCCACCGGUUAUGUCAUUGCAUCCGCCAGCUUAUGGCGAUAUACAACAUCGUGAUGGAAGUAGCAGUGAUAGUGGUAGUAGAGGUGGUGCCCGUGGACGUGGUGGUGAAGGAUCACUAAGCUUGAGUCCAUUGAGAAUUGAUGAUGAGGUUGGACAAAAUUUCGUCAACCCGUUGACGGAAAGUGGUACAACAUCAGUCGAAAACUCAACUGGUUUACAAGUCAAUACAGUAACACCUGUAAGAGAUUUGUUGAUUCAGCAGUUGCAAGGUAAUGGUGGGUCUCAUGCUGAAACAGAAGGGGAACACACUUCAAAUCUGGAGACAAGCAGGGCAAAAACGGAUGUUGUGGUGCCAGAAAUUUCAAUUAAUGGUGCGGAUGUGAGUUCUGAAGGUCCCACCACUACCAGUAAGCACAGCACUGAAGACGGUAGUACCCUUUCAAACAGUGUGAAUAACCACCUCGCCACGACUCUUCAAAACAACAACAAUAGUAUGAAUCAAUUGUCUUUAGAUGAUGCAGUUAUUAAUGACAACGAUGAAGGGGAUAUUGCUGAUGACCCCCACUCACCCAUUUCACCACGAUUGGUACCCAUUUCUUUUGCCCAUAGGAGAAGUAGUAGAGGCACAGAUGAUAUGGAAGGACUUGACAAUGAAAUAUCUUCGUUUCGCGGUAAAAAACAACGAGGGGAUGAUGCUACUGUUCCAUUACUGCCUCAGGAAUCAAGGUCUUCUCGUUCAUCGUCUAUAUCCACUACCAAUUCCUUUGAACCACCUAUAGAUCAAACUUUACCAUUACUCAAUAUGUCAACAAGCUCCAUCCAUCCAACACAGGCCGAUGUAACAGCAAUGAACGGCAAUGCGCAUUCGCAAGUUGCGUACCUGCAAGAUGAUCGCAACCCGUCCAUCUCUUCAUCGAUUUAUGAUUUAUCUCAACGUCGUCCAAGUCAGCCAUUAUCAGGGAUGAAACCAAUGGGGAUCAUUAGUGACUACAUAUCCGCUCACGACGAUGAGUUUUACCAAUUGAACAGUUUGCAUCAUUUGCGUAAUCCGAGAAUAAAGAAACAUUAUCAAGAUGAAGCAGCGGGAGAAGACGAAGAAGAGGGGGAUUUAGGUAACCCAAACUCCGCAACGCACUCAACCGGGAUAGGUGGUAAUGAAUCGGGUUACAAGACAAGACAAAAGAGUUUUGGUGUUGUUGGUGUCGGUGUUGGCAAUUGCGGGGGCAACUUCAAUGAGGAUGAAUAUGAAGUUGAAGAAGGAUCAAGCUUGAGCUCAAAUGAGGUACAACGUCAAGUGCAUGGACACGAUCAAGGACAUCAACAGGAUAAAAAUGACACUGGUGGUGGUGAUAGUCGGGAUUCAAAAGUGCAUAGUAAUGUACAAGAUCCUCCGCCGGGAAUGAAAGUGGGGUUUGUUAUGAAUAAUUGA